GUCGACUCAGGUGUUCGGGGUGUUCCAAACUAUCCAGAGUUACUUUAACAAGGCUGAACACAAGGGCGCCUUCAACGAGGCCAUGGCCGAGAUUAUGAAAUACGCAGUCCCAUCUGUCUUCGAGGGGGAUGAGGCUGAGCGCGACGUUUGGGAUGCGGAGAUGACUAAGAACCCAAACAAUGACGUGAAGUGGCUGCUCAAAACCCCCAAGGACUGCAAGGUGUUGACGAGGCUGUUCAACCCCAUGGCCACCUCCAAGGUGUUCAAGGAUGCCCUUGACUUGACCCCGUCGAGGAAGACGAUUCGGACGACGGCGGCGAGCCCGAUGGCCAAGUCUAAGGGCGCCAAGGGCAAGGCAGCGUCGAAAAAGAAGGCCGCUGCCGCUCGCUCUGCUUCCGUUAAGCCCAAGGCAGGCAGCCGCGCGACGCUCUACCUUGACGAUGUCAUCAACAUCAUCUUCCACGCUGUGCGCGAGGUGCCCCCCGACGAGAGGGACGGCGUGCAGAUGGCGCAGAUGCUGCGCUACGGCUGCAGACUCGGCAUCAAGGAUCAGAGCGAUGGGCCCUUGGAGUUCGGCUUCAGCCUGAGCGGCGACGGUGGCGUGGAGGUGGCCCGCGAGAAGUUCGCCAAGUGGUCCCAGCUUCGGCCUCGCAUCUACACUCACCUGCGGGCGGUGCACGGGCUAGAAUGCAGAGACGCAGACGCUGCUGAUGGCGACGGCCGCGACGGCCGCGGCAACCAGGAGGCCGGCGCUGCGGAUGACGAAGGCGGCGAGGUGGCCACCUCCACCGCCGCCAUCUUGGCGAUCAUCGGCAACGACAUGAAGAUGCGCGUCGCGUUCACGCGCAUGAGCGGCCAUGUCCUUAAGGCGGUGAAGGCGACCCAGCAGAGCCAGAACCGCGGCGAGUUUGCGAAGGGGGACAGGCCUGCCAUCUCCUCGACCUUCGUGGACAUGGCCAUGAAGAUUGUCGACUCCACGGUGCCCGCGAACUUCUUCAAGCUGUCUGGUCUAUUGUUGCGGCUGCUUGGGGCUGUUCGCAAGGGCGCGGAGAAGGUGAAGCAGGUUCGUGAAGAGCAGGCGAAGCAGCCCGAUCGGUCAGAGUGGGCGCUCGUCCUCGAGGCGGUGGGCCCCGCAGUGGCGGCCUUCGCCGAGAGCCUCUGGAAGACUGAGGCUGCCUUGGAAUGGUCAAACUUCACGCGCUUCGUGUACUCGAAUCUCUUGCUGCGGAAGGUGGUCACCGAGAUGCAGCCCGAUGCGUCGCCUGAAGCGCGCGGCUUCUGCGAGCGCGGGGUGGAGUUCGCUGAGAAACUCGACCAGGCUGGCGGCGCGUCCAGGGACCUCUUGCGGAGUCGCUCCGCCAAGUCGGGCAGCGUGGCCGACGCGCGGGUGAAGGUGAUCGAGCUGGGGGGCCGCUUCCACGACCGCGUGGCGGUAGAGCCCAGCGAGGCUGUCUGGAGGACGAAACUGAACGGUAUCAAGUCAUCGGUCUCUGUCAAGACCAAGCCUCAGGUUAUCGCGCUGAUCAAGGAUGAGAUCCCCACCGAGGAGCUUCCCGAGAACUUGUCCUCGCAGGCGAAGGACGCGUUUGUGAACCUCGUGGUGAACCAUCGGCUUGGCGCCCAGAAGGCGGCUGUCCAGAAGGAGGUUGAGCAGUGGAAUCGUUGGUGGAGGACUGAGCCGCUGAUGCUAGGCGAGGCCACGGCUGCCAGCAUCGACGCGGGCUUGGAAUCUGCUGGCGUUGAAGUGAUCGGCGACAAGAAGUACUGCCAGCUGUUCAGGGCGAUGGAUGGCAGCAGCGCGCUGACGACGUCCUGGAAGGCUGAGCGCGCAGCCGACGUGAUCAGCAAGUGGGCCGCCGAUCAGUGGAUGCGCGUGGAGGCGCCCGAGAAGAAGCCUGAUGAGCGGCCGUCACCAGUUCUACAGCCGCGCGUGUCCAUGGUUGACCAGGGGCUUCAGUGGGUGGCGUGCUCCGAGGCGCGGGCGCAGGCUGCUGCGAAUGCGAAGGGGGCCGUGAAGCCCCUCCUGGACGUCGAGGGCCGCCGCGGCGACGGCCCCAGAGGUCGCGGCAUGGUCAAGUUGCACCUCGCUGGGCGCAUCGUCCGCACACCAG